AUGCUGCCGGCGAGCCGGGCGGGCCACGUGGCAGCUCCGCCGGGCGCCGACGGCGGCGCGCCUGCGGAGGGGCUGAGCCACGCCGCGCUCCACGCUCGCGGCUUCGCCCCGCCUCCGCCGCUGGCGGCGCCGGGCCGGCUGGAGCCCAGCGAGCCGCUGGCCGAGGCCGCCCUCGCGGACAUCGACGCGAUGGUGCAGCGGCACCGGCAGGAGCUGCACGGCAGGCUGCGCCUGCUCCUGGGCCGGGGGCACGGGCCCCCGCCGAGCGCCGGCGCGGGCGGCGCGGGGCGCGCCUCGCGGCUGGCCCCCCCCGGGCCGCAGGGGCUCGCCGCGCCCCUGCGCUUCUCGUUCCGGGAGGUCUCGCGACGCCCCUCGCUGUGCAGCGACGGCAGCGGCGGCAGCGCCCCGGCGCCGAAGCCGUCCACGCCCGGCGCGCCGACGCUCUGCGUGCCCCCGCCGCGGCCUCCCGAGGAGCCAGCGUGGUGCGCGAGGCAGGUGGCCGGGAGCUCCGAUCUCAGGGCAUCUCGGGAGCAGCACUUCGGCCGCCGGGGAGCAGAGCUCCGUGGCGAGGCACCUCGGGAGCAACACUUCGGCCGCCGCCUCGGCCAUGGCUCCGCCGCAGCGCUUCUCCAGGAUCGGACGCCGUCGUUGCGCUGGAUGAGGAGCACUCACUCUUCGGAUGCCGACUCGGUCAUGAAAGGCAUGUGCACGGACGUCGUGAAGAGGUCCCAGACCAGGCACAUGUGGGCGAAGACGCGCGAUCUCUCAAGACGGCCACUGAACAAGUGGCAGAAGAAGCUGUCAGCGAUUACAUCUGAUUGGAAGUAUGAGUCUCUAGUGUCGGUGCUUAUUUCUCUCAACGCGCUGAUCAUCGCGUGGGAGACAGAUAUCACCGCUGAUCGCGCCAGCAGGGGCGUCCAGCUUAGAAACAAGGCUUUCGACGCGCCAAUGUAUUUUUUCUGCGUCGUCUUCGCUGUCGACCUGUCUAUGCGGCUGUUCGCCGAGCGUGAGCGGUUUUUGUUCUCGCCGUGCUGGAGGUGGAACUUGUUCGACACUUUGGUGGUGCUGGGCGCCAUUGUAGAGGCUUUCGCCACGAUCGCGUCCGAGUGUUCAGGCUCAGAAGGCAACGUAUUGUGGGUCCAGUCAGCCGUGUUGCGCAUCUCUAGGCUGAUCCGUUUGACCAAGGUGGUAAGAACUUUGCGGCACUUGAUCGUCUUCCGCGACAUGCGCAUCAUGGCUGUUUCUUUGAGGGAGUCGAUCGUUCCGCUGAUGAGCUUCAUCGUUAUCCUGUGUGUAUUCCUGUUAGUCGUCGCGACCGUUUUCACCAACGCUACUGCCUCACACAUGCUUGACCACGGACUGGUUGACAAUGCUUUGACAGGUGAGCUGGAGGAGCGAUAUGGAUCGUUGUUCCGUUCGGUGCGUACCCUUUUCAUGGCAAUCGCGGGUGGCGUUGAUUGGGAGAUUGUCGUGAUUCCGCUUGAACCUUUGUCUAUAGUGUACACCUUACUCUUCUAUGCGUUCAUUGCGUUCGCGAUGUUCGCCAUGCUCAACGUGGAGUUUAUGAACACAAUGGAGCAGCUCUUCGAUGAGAUCGACAACGACCGCUCUGGCCAAAUCAGCCUCUCGGAGCUGCGGGAGAAGAUCAAGGCGCCCAAAGUUAUCGCGUUCUUGCAGGCCCUGAAGAUGGACGUGAAGCAGGUGAAGAAGCUGUUUAACCUGAUCGACACCGACAAGUCGGGAGCGAUCGACAAGCAGGAGUUCAUGGUCGGGUGCACGAGCCUUCGCGGGGAGGCGAUGCAGCUGGACGUGGCCAUACUUCAGUGGGAGACGCGGUCGCUGAAGGAGCUCGUGAUGCGGUUGGCGGACCACCUGGACGACUGCUUCGACCGCCUGGCCUACGGCGGAGCCAACCUGCCGCACGGCGAGCUCGGCAAGCCUGCGGCCCCGGCUGACAAGGAGGAGAGCCCGAGGAGGAGGCGGCGGGCGUCGGCGCCGCCGCCGCCGGGGGCAGGGGCCUCGGCAUCGCCGAGACGUCCUUGCUCACGCUCGUGGAGGUCGGCGGGCAGGCCACCAGCUCGAGUCACGGCGAGCAUACCGAGAAGGCAUCCAUAG